UAAGGGAAGAAGCAGUGAGUAUUCUGGUAGUAGCCAAGGUGUAUCUAGAGUACUAGUGGCAAAGAUGGGGGAUGCCUACAUCAGACACAUUGAACUUUUGGGGUUCGAGAAGCGAUUUUUCCCAAGCCAACACUAUGUUUACAUGUUCUUGGUGAAAUGGCAAGAUCUCACCGAAAAAGUCGUGUAUCGGAAGUUCACCGAGAUAUAUGAAUUUCAUAAAGCUCUAAAAGAAAUGUUUCCCAUCGAAUCUGGGGAUAUCAACAUAGAGAAUCGGAUUAUCCCUCACUUGCCUGCCCCAAGGUGGUUUGACAGCCACAGAUCCACUCAGAACAGGCAAAGCACGCUGUCAGAAUAUUGCUCCGCACUGAUCAACUUGCCUCGCAAAAUCUCCCAAUGUGCACACAUCCUGAACUUCUUCAAGGUCAGAAGUGAUGACCUGAACCCACCUACAGCAAGCCAGAAACCAGAAACCUUUUUGAUGCCCAAGGACUCCAAGAAAGGUAUAGCAGACAUCACAGGACCCAUUAUCCUCCAGACAUAUCGAGCGAUUGCUGAUUACGAGAAGAACUCCACCACUGAGAUGGGGGUCAAGACCGGCGACGCUGUGGAUGUGGUAGAGAAAAGUGAAAGCGGUUGGUGGUUCUGUCAAUUAAAGAAUAAACGAGGUUGGGUCCCCGCUGCGUACCUAGAACCUAUGGAAGGUCCAGAUGAGGCUGAAGAUCAGGAACCCAACUAUGCAGGUGAACUCCACAUUGUCCGCAAAGGCUACACAGCUGCCCAAGAAGAUGAGAUCACAUUGAAGGAAGGAGAAACCAUUGAAGUUAUCCAUAAAUUGCUUGAUGGCUGGUGGGUUGUCAGGAAAGAUGAAAUCACAGGCUAUUACCCUUCUAUGUAUCUGCAAAAAUUGGGAGAAGAAAACACCCCAGAAAAGAACCAGCUGAGGAACAGAGGAGCACCACCCCGAAGAUCCACCAUCCGGAAUAUCAAAAGCAUUCACAACCAAAACCGCAAACAAAUCAGCCAGGACACCUACAGACGGAACAGCGUGAAGUAUAUGCAGAGCAGAAGGAAACUGAAGACCAACUUCCUGAACAAGGGCAACACCAUUGUGGAGAAGGAUGAAGGAGAGGCUCAGCCAGCCGUUCCUCCAAGACCCAGUAAGGACUUGAUUCUGAUCCGCUGCUCAGAGAGCACUAAGAGCAAAAUCAAAUGAGAGAAGCAGCUGCAUGUGGCUUCUUUGUACCCCCGGAAACAUCUCAAAGCAACACGAUGGCCACAGUGGAAUCAAUAACGUUCUUUGCUCAUAUAACAGUAUAUUCCAGAAUGUCACAUCUACUCGUUUGGGUUUUCAGCAAUGUAUAUAACAUUUUGUACAUGUGUAUGACUAUAAAUCAGUGCAAGACAUAUUGAAUAUGACCUGUGUGUAUUGUGCUAGUCCUUCAAGGUCACAUCCCAUGUCAAUCUUGAAAAGCUUAUGGACUAGUGACAUGUUUGGUAGUAGUAGCAUUCUACAGCCAUGGCUGCUAUAUAUAGCGAGCAAGGUGGCAUGAAUGUCUGUAGAUGUCUUGAGUUUUCACUGAAUGGUGGAGGAUCGGAUGCUGUUCAGCCAUACAUGAUGCUUGUAGGGUGUCUCUUUCUCCAGUUAGUUUGCCAUGAUUUGUGGGUGAUGGAAGAGGAAGGAAUGAUUGAGAAAGCUCGUGUGGUGCUGGACUGAGGAUUUGAAUCUGGUGUUGUGGGGUUAGAGUUUCAGACUAGGAGACCCAAGUGUGAUUCCCCUUCUGCUAUGGAAGCUUGCAGGGUGGCCUUUCAGCCAGUUACCAUCUUUCAGCCUAACCUAUCACAUGGAGUUGUUGUUGUGAGGAUAAAAUGGCAGGAGAAUGCUGUAAGCCACCUUGGGUACACAUUGGGGCAAAAGGUGGGUAUAAAUUAAAUAAUAGCCCUGCUUGUAUUAAAGAUAUUCCAGAUUCUAGCAUUUCAGUUUUUUUAGUAUCUCCAAGUUAGAGGGUACCUAUCUGAAUGGAUACAAAAAAAGAGUUAUUUUAAGGUCCAUAACGGAGUCUGAGGAAUUGCUUUUAGCGGAUGAUAAAGGUAUUAUUUCUAGUAUUUGUUUAUUGAAAAUGAUGCUCAAACUUUUCGCAGUAGGUAGCAAAAAAUAUAGGAAAGAUGAUUCAGCAUGGAAAUUUAUUUUCACUUACGGUAUUUCCUUCACAGUUUGCCUAUCAUUUAGAGAAAAUUUGUGGAAAAUGAUUUACAGGUGGCAUUUAAUUCCUUUAAGACUGGCAAAGAUUUAUAAGAUUAGUACCUGCAUAUGCUGGUUCUGUGAAGAAGAUAAGGUAGAUUUUUUUUCAUAUGUGUUGGGCAUGUGUGUAUGUGCCUCCAGUUAUUGGAAACAAAUGGUGAAAAUUAUAUCAAUAGGAUUGGAAGAGCAAAUUCCCCAUAAACCAGAGACACUGCUGCUGAAUUAUUGACCUGAUUUAUCUAGAAAUCAGCAAACGGUUGCCUUUCAUAUUAUUACAGCUGCCAGACUGGUUUUUGCCAGGCAAUGGAAACAAAAAUAAAAUUACUCCUAGACUAAAAGAUUGGUUGUUGAACAUAAAGGAGAUCUAUACUUGAGUGAAAUUAGCCACUUAUCAGAAAAAUAGAGAUAGUAUAGAUCUUUUAUGGUCUAGAGCAAUACAAAGAAUGGAACUAGCAAUUAUAUAAUUGGAAAUAGUAUUGAUAUUGUCAGUUGAUGGUGAAAUGUUUUACAUGUCUAUGGAAGCAGGAUGAGGGGUCUUAGAUUGACAGUGUAUUUUACCAGCAUUGGUAUCUUUUGUAUAUAUCUG